UUGCGACUGCAGGACCAAAAUGACUGCUUUCUCACAUGCAGUUGCCUACAUUCUGUUUCUGUGCACGUUAGCCUCAGCACAACCAAGAGGAGAUUACUCCAUAUCCCAAGAUUCAUGUUCUCCAUCUGAUGGCUUUGGACAGUACUGUCCCACCACAUGCGGAGUGACAGAUUAUCUAUACCGCUACAAGCCGGGGGUUGUGAGGGACCUGAACGAAAUGGAAGAACUCCUGCUGGAAAUCGCAAACCUCACCAGAGGAGCCCAGGACAAAGUGUUUUACCUGAGAGACACAGAGAAACAGGCUCAGAAGGCCUCUCCAGAUCUGUACAUCCGGAAAUCUUCAAGUAUGCUGGAUGAUGUGCUUCGCUUUGAGAAAAGCAUACUAACUCAGGAGGAGCAAAUAUAUGAAUUGCAGUCCAUUCUGGCUGCCAACGAGAAGCGCAUAACAGACUUGAGGCAGAUGUCACUGCAGCUUGAUGCCAAGUGCAAGAUGCCAUGCAAGGACACAGUGGAGAUCCAGACCAUCACAGGCAAAGACUGCCAGGAUAUUGCAAAUAAGGGUGGCAAAGUCAGUGGUCUGUACUACGUUCAGCCUGCAAGAGCACCCACCCCCUUCCUUGUCUAUUGUGAAAUAGACAAAUUUGGCCGUGGAUGGACAGUACUGCAGAGGAGACGUGACGGGAGUGUUGAUUUCAACAGAAAGUGGGUUCCGUAUAAAGAAGGCUUUGGUUAUCUCUCACCUGAUGAUUCCACUGAAUUCUGGCUAGGCAAUGAGAAGAUCCACCUGCUGUCAGUCCAGUCCACGGUACCCUACGUGCUCCGAAUGGAGAUGGUGGACUGGGAAGGCACCAAAAGAUACGCUGACUACGCCAUGUUCAAAUUAGCCCCAGAGGCAGACCAGUAUCGUUUGACAUAUGCAUAUUAUUUUGGUGGAGAGGCCGGUGACGCCUUUGACGGGUUUGACUUCGGAGAUGACCCAAGUGACAAAUUCUACACAGCUCACAAUGGCAUGCAGUUCAGCACAGCUGACAGAGACAAUGACAAGUACCAAGGAAACUGUGCCAAGCAGGAUGGCUCAGGCUGGUGGAUGAAUCGUUGCCAUGCUGCCCACUUAAACGGAAAAUAUUACACGGGUGGUAAGUACACCGCAAAGGAUGCAGGCCCGAAUGGUUUCGACAAUGGCAUCAUCUGGGCCACAUGGCACAGUCGCUGGUACUCCUUGAAGCAGACGACCAUGAAGAUCAUUCCUAUCAACCGGAUCCAAACUGGUGGCCAACAGGGUGGCCUCGAUAGCUUUGACAAAGGAAUCUAGCCAGGAUCCUAGAUGCACAACUGAUCUUCAUCCCCAGUAUGCUGUUUUGAUGCUAUCAGAGCUGUAAGACAAGUUGACUGCAAGUGUUCAUGUCGUGGAUCUCUUGCAUACUGGGUCUCUUGCACCUUAUAUUACUUCAUAUUCUCAGAUCACAAGUCACCCAGACGUUGUGUGUCCUGGUUUCGAGGAAACAUGACCCUCAUCGUAGAGCUACAUCACACUAUAUUCUAGUUCCACAACAAUGGCUACAUAAAUGUUUUCCCAUUUCACAGACUUUGCAGCUUUGUUCAGUGUUCCGUGUCCUUUGAUCAUACAUGUUCAUCCUUUCCAUAUUGGACUUCAGACAAAUAAAU